AUGUCAGCAGAUACAGUGUCGUCGCUGUUCCCGGACCGACCUAUACGGCCCUUGCCGAAACGGCGGUUGCGGGAGCGUUUAUCUCAAGAGGUUGCCGAUUCGAUUCGGUACCCCCUUGCCCCGCAAAGCGUUGCUCCAUUGUUUCCAUAUCCCUAUCCGCUACGAGAGGAGGAGCAGACUCCAAGCUCUGGACAUGCCCGUGGGGGGCCUUCGGAGCUUGAACCAGGCCAGGCGAGGAGAAAUGGCCCGGGUGCCGAGAGUGACGACGAGGAUGCUGCGCUUAAGCGAGGUGUGGCCACUCGAUCGGGCGCUGAUCCAUCUGGCCGUCCCGGACUUCUGCCGCCAAAGUCGGAGCAGCAAGGAAGACAUGCAAACUCCCACCUCCCUCUCUCAGCAACGUCCUCGGUUGACGGGUACGAUUCCUUUGAGAACACAAACAAUAAGAAGAAAAGGAAAAUCCCAACGGCUCAGGAUUCUGCUCUAAUUGGAAUCCAUAUCAUCAAUGAUCUUAACUCUGGGGCUGCCUCUCUUGCUGCCGCUGCUCAAUCUGCAGAAAGCCACGCACUCUCGUUGCCCCCCUCCCCGACUCCAUACUAUGGCUCCGGAAACUUCGCUUCGGGGACGCAGAAUGUCGCUGGACCUGGAAGAGGGAGAUACGGCCGGCCUAGGAGCGGCAGGAGCCCUCUCAGACCGUUGUCUGACUCAACCAAUAACUGGGCUGGGAGAAACGGUAAGCUGCGCCCCAAUCAAUGGGCUUCUGGCUCGAGUGAGAAUACCGGUAUCAUAUCCACAGCCAUUGCUAACUCCGAGAAACUUGCCCCGCGCCAAGGCCAAGAAAACAUUAGUCUCUUGCACCAGCAGUUGGUCACCAAGCGCAGCCCUGCAUCAGCACAGUUCACAUUCACGUGCGACUCGCAAGUGCCUGGUACAUUGGCAUGGCCUGGCCCCGACUUCAGAAUAGCACCACAGGCACAUCAGCCAUCUGCAGCUCGACAAGUGAAAGAGAACUGGUCGCGCACGCCCCAAUCCUCGCAGGGUGGUCAUGCAGCUUCAGCAAUGCCUCCAGCUGCCGACAUGGCACCUAAAGAAGCAGCCUCGAAAGGUGGCGAUGGUGGCCAACACCAGACGGUGCCCACGCAAAAACGCACGCGGAGAAGUCUAGCAAAAGAAUGCAACUCUGCGGCAAAGGCUCGUCGGCAGCAAGCCCAGUUGUACAACAAGCGCCAUCCGCCUAAGCCUGAGGAAAUUUGGAUCUGCCAUUUCUGCGAGUACGAGUCGAUUUUUGGACACCCUCCCGAGGCUUUGGUGCGGCAGUACGAGAUCAAAGACCGCAAGCAACGGCAGUUGGAACAACAGCGGAGGGCUCAAUGGGAACGAAUGAAGAAAGGAAAGCACAAGGGCAAGAAGAAUGGCAAGCCUCCGGCCAAGAACAACAGCGCGGCACAGGAUCCCAACCAGCCUGCCGGCCACGGUACCGCCAUGAACGGCAAUUACAGCCAGGGCACCCAGAGCGAGGAGUAUUACGACGAGGAAGAAUACGAAGAUGAGGAGUAUGACCCCGUCGAAGAGUUACCUCCUGAAGGGGGAAUGGACCCUUUGGGUCGACACGACCAUCUCCCACCUCACACGUGCUGUAAUUCAGCCAGCCAUAUCCACUCAAGCUAUCAUUCGGAGACGCAUCAUUUUUCCGUGGGCGGUAGGAGCUCCGGCCACGGCGGCGGUGCUACUUAG